UCGCAAAUCCAAACAUUUCUCUCGAGUCAGUGAGACGCUUGACAAUGAUUGUGGGUAUUCAUGACAUCUUACAAUUAUGCAAGAACACUUUUACGAUCCUCUGCCGUCAAUGCUGCCGUCAAAGGCAACUUUAUUUCUGUCCAAGAGACUAAUUUAAUUGUGAGCAAGAAAUCCUACAUUGAGAUUUACAGUUUCAACGAGAAGAAGCUUCUAUUUCAAAUCGACUUUAGCCUGUAUUCCAAUGUAGAGACGAUGCACACUUAUCAACCAAACACUCAAUCGACAUGUUCCAUACUGAUCCUAACCGAUCAGCAAGAAUUUCUGGCCUUACGAUAUCAUGCAAAUACCAAAUCCAUUAUUACCGAGAUCAAGUUAUCGCUACGGCAGGAAAAUGCCCCCCUUUCAGAAAGUGAGGUCAAGGCGGCCAUCGAUCCUGAUCAGCGCCUUAUAAUAUUCAACAUUUAUGUAAACUUGCUUCAUGUGGUGCCCUUGACAUCUGUAUCGCAGCAACAAAAUCCAUCCUUUUUCCCGGUCGCCUCUCUCUCUAAAGAAUUGAUAAAACCUUUUGCUAUCAGGAUAACAGAAUUCAAUAUCCUGUCAAUUGCUAUGCUCUACGAUGUCGCUCGACCCACUGUUGCAGUCCUCUACAAAGACGAGCAUAAGCAAUGUCACGUCAGCGGUUAUGAGAUUAAUCAUUACCAACAGUUGGCCUAUCUCAAUCCGAAUAUGCAGAUGACAGUGGAUAUCAGCGAUCAUACCAUCAUGGCCGUGCAAAAUCAGGGAAUAUGCGUUGUCGGACGGCGAUCCAUUGCUUACUAUGAUUUCAAAGGACACAGUCAAAUAUUGAAUAUCAGCCGUAUGCUUCUGUCCAGUUAUGGGGCCCUGAACUCGAAUUACCUUUUAUCAGAUGCUGAAGGAUGGCUGUAUCUACUGAAAAUGUCGGAUUCUGAUUUAACUUCGUCGAUGAAGCUGGAACGGAUAGCUCAGGUCUCCGUGGCACGCGCAUUAGUGACUUUAGGCAAUGAUUGUAUCUACGUCGGAUCCUCUUCUGGGGAUUCACUAUUGCUUGAAUUUGUACCAACUACGAAUACUGGAUUCGCACUCAAAGUCAUCCAAACGUUUCCGAAUCAAGGGCCGAUUAACGACUUUUGCAUCUUUGAUCCUGACGCCCAAGCCUUGCAAACCAUGGUUUGUUGCUCAGGGGCCUCUAACACUGGGUCUCUGCGCAUUGUACAGAAUUGCGUCACAUUUCACGAAUUGCAAUUCCUAACUAUCCCUGGUGCCAUAUCAUUAUGGUCCUUUUCUUUGAAUGCCGGGUCCAAUGGGUGUAUACUAAUUUUGGCAUCCGUUAAGAAGACCUAUAUCUUUCAUCAGUUCCCUCAUAUGCGACAAUUUGAGCAGGUCGAUCAUUUCUCGGCUUUCAAUAUGGAGGAUUCUACUUUAGCUGUUGAUAUGGUCGCGAAUGGUGGUUUGGUACAGGUGACAGCUGCAGGUAUACGUCUCAUGUCCGCUACUCGUGAUGGCAUUUUACAUGCGGAAUGGCGACCGCUCCCCGAUCAGCAAAGGAUUGUUGCCGCCGCCCUGAAUCAAUCCGGUUCUGCUAUUGUCACAUCCACCAACACCCUGAUAUACUUUACCUUUUCAGAGCAAGGUUUUAUUCAGCAAAGCUCGAUUCAUUUGGACACCGAGGUUGCCUGCGUUGCGUUACAAAGUCCGAUGGACGAUGCAUUUGGGCUAUCCGACCUUGCCGUCGUUGGUUGCUGGACAACAAAAGACAACUUACGUGUGUACAACUCAUCGAAUUUCGAGUUAAUGACAAGUAUUACUCUACCAAGCCCAGCGGUGCCGCAAAAUGUCCUCAUUACCAGCUUUGGCAUGACCUGUUGUAUUUUUGUUGGACUAGCUGAUGGACGGCUGUUGUAUUACACUAUUCAGAGAAAUUCAUCCAUCACGCUGCAAAAUCGUGGAAGCAUCGGGAUUGGAUCCACUACCGUAAAACUCAAUAUCCUUUCUAAGAAUGGUGCAAAAUACGUCGUCGCAUAUUGUAAUACUGGACGACCUGUCAUCUUCCGAUGCGUGAAAGAAAGGAUCGUUUGCUCAGCGAUGGCUCUCCAGAAUGUUACAGCGUUCGGUAUGCUUUAUAGUGAUAAGAUCAACGGACCGGCAGUGAUGAUCGCUGAUCAAAGUACUAUACGAAUUGGCAUCUUGGAUUUGGCUCGACAACUGCAAAGCUUCAGUAUACCAUUAUGCAGUGGAGUACCACAACGCAUCGUUUAUCAUCAUGAAUCAAAAACACUGGCUAUUGCGACUGUGGGAAAUCGGGGUUCGGCUGAAAUUAGUCAUGCCAUGGCUGGAUCACUCUGUAUCAUAGACGCGAAAACAUUUCGAGAUAUCGAAACCCACUGUCUGCUUGAUCAGGAGAGUAUUUCAUGUCUCACUACCGUCCGAUUCAAUGGUGUGGAGUCUGUAUGGGUGGUGGCCGGCACUACAUUGACAAGUACAGGAGACUCAAGCCACAACAAAGGCCGUAUAUUGUUCUAUCAAGUAUCCGAGAAGCAGCAGUAUAAAGCGGUAGAGACUAUGACGAUGGAUCGCGCCGUGUGCAGUAUUCAAUCGUUCAAUGGAUCCCUGUUGGCGAGUAUUGGUGGAACGCUUCACAUGAUCGUCUGUACACGUAGUAAAGCUUCCUCUGAGAAAAUGUUUGAGCUGAUUCCGAUCUCAUCGCUGAAAACGUGUGUGACCUUUAUGGAUGUCGAUCACAACAAGGUGCUUGUUGGCGACGCACUUCGUUCAAUGUCAGUAUUGGAAACCAAGGGUGCAACGGAGCGAGAAAUCAGCGUCGUCUGCAGCAACCACGAGUCACACUGGCUUUCAGCCGUCAAAGUCAUUGGAACGGAUCAGUACAUGGCUGCUGAUAUGUACGGCAACAUUCGGAUACUUCAGUCACAGAAUAUCGUGGCCGAGAAACCAAGAACGACACUCGAUAUAGUCAGCUUGUGGCAUUUUGGCGAUCUUAUCAAUGGCUUUCGGCAGGGUAGUUUUAUUGGCCCAUUUGACGAAGACUAUGAACCGACAGCAUCGACCAACUGCUUUAUUUAUGCCACCGUUACUGGUAGCAUAGGGGUUAUUAUGCGAAUCCCACAAUCGCAGUACGAUACAUUACAUAUCCUGACCCAAAACAUGCUUCGCGUACUUCCGCCACACGAACUCUACGACUACACAUCCUUGCGCGAAUUCAAUAAUGGCAACCUCCGACUUCCAUCCCAUGGCUUCAUCGACGGGGAUCUGAUCAGCCGAAUACAGACUUUGAAGCCAGCAGAGCUCCAAAAGCUCAUCAGCACGGCAAACGGCAGGUACCGCGUUCCACAUUAACUGUGCUUAGCACCAUGACAAGCCACCUCGGCUUCCUUACUCUCAAGACCGAACAGAGAAGAGACAAUAUAAAUUAUUGGGA